AUGGAUCCAACCGAAGAGGAACUCAAUAACCUCAACACCUUGGAGAAUGCAGCCGACUGGGCAGGCACGACAGGUGCGGUCCACGACCAUCUCAUGGAGAAGUUGGGCAAACCGUCCAAGCUGCGGGACCUGGUGUUCAUUGCCCGUCCUACGUGGGAUACGGUGGUGGCCAGCCUCACGAUCAAAGAGCCUCAAGCUGAUGGUACAGAGGCCGAGCGAGACUUGACCCCUGUGGAAUUUUCACGGGUCGAGAUCUUUCGCCGGGUGGUAUUCCUGAGGCUCAAGGUCAAUCCAGAUGGACCUGGUGGUGCUGCAGGCCCUCCACAGCCGACUGUGGGAGCGGCCCCAUUCCCAGGCACUGGAGGGGGACAAGGUCCAUCAUCCCCAACAAGAAAGCUUAAACUGAGUAGCAUCGUAGAUCCCACACUCGAUGCAGAGAUCCUGCAAUUGGGCCAAGAAGAAAUUGCAGAGAUGUUCUCCAAGUACAAGUCCAAGUUCGGCGAUGUCCCGUCAGCAGACGUGGAACCCAGCGCUGAUCAAAUAUCAGCAAUCAAACAGCUUCUUACCAGUGGAGCUCUGCCGUACAUAGACAUGUCAAUCUUCGGGCCACACGCCAUCCGGUCGCUGCGCAGGAGUGUGUUCUCCUCCUACACCCUGAAUGCGGCGACUGGGGAGUGGUCGAAGAAAGAGAGCCCAGGUCCGGCUACUCUUCAACAAUGGGAGAAGAGCUUCAAGACCUACAAGGUGGCUAUGCUCUUGUUGGAGGCUGCAGAUGCCGAGAGACUGGAGGGCUACCUAGAACACAUAAAGGACCUCCAUGCGCAGUUCGGACAGGAAGCAUGGGGCAUCAUAUACCGUGCAGACGUCAGGAUGAGAAGUGAGUUCCAAGAGCGGAUCCGCAGAGCCCUGGAUGAGGACCCAAAGUAUGGGUACACUAGGGCCUCUCCAUGGAGCUCAGUCUUUGCGGCAACGGUCAGGGAGUCGGACUUUUGGUCCAAAGAAGUGGCGACGCCAGCCACGCUCCUUCUGGCCCGCAACAAACAGCUGGCACCUGAAGAGAGCAGCUCUCAAGAGGGUCGCCCACAGAAGCGCAAGUCUCGGCAGCCAGAAGGCACGCAGAAGAAGAAGGCCAAGCGCAAGUACACAGGUGAGGACAGAUCACGUUGGGACGCAGAACAGUCAAGGUAUUCCUUGAACCGAAAAGGGAUCCAGAUCUGCCAGAAGUACAACCGAGGCCCAGCCGAAAGACACGCGGCCACCGCUUCCACGAAGGAAGAGGAGGAAGAACCCGGAAGUUCAAGUGACUCCAGCUCAUCGUCCACAUCAUCAUCCACUACGGUACAAGCAGGGAGAGAGAAGAUCCCAUCAAUGCCGCUGUACGUGGACUACAAGUAUGGGGCCACCAACCUGGACCCGCAGCUGUGGGACGACAGGCCCAGGGCCCUCCUGCUCUUCUCAGGGCGCCCGAGGGAUGGAGACCUUACCUCCUAUCUUCAUCACAUGGGAUGGAUAGUGGUGGUGGUCGACAAGCAGGGGCCGACUGCGGCAGACCUUCUGGACACGGAGGUGUGUCGCAAGAUCUUCGCGGAUAUCAGGGCUGGUGUCUUCGACGUAGUGGGCAUGGCUACACCUUGCGAAACGGUGUCCCCACUGAGGGAGAAUCCGCCGGGCCCGAGACCACUCAGGUCCCUACAACAUCCGGAUGGGCUGCCUCUCAAAAGCCUUUCCUCGGAGGAGAGAAAACAGCUCAAGGAGGCAAAUCAUCUCAUCGAAUUUUCCACACACGUGACGAGAGAAGUGAGGCGCAUCAGAGCGGCCUACUGGAUAGAAAAUCCAGACCACAAGGAGAAACUCGACAUGUGGAAAACGAGCUGGUUCAAAGAGAUGACUGGUCACGCGCUGGUGGAAAAGGCGUUGUUCGACCAAUGCCAAUUUGGAGCAGAAACAACGAAGCCCACAAGGAUUCAGACGGACUCCCUUCCCCUUGGACAAAUCAAGGGGAGGAGGUGCAACCAUCCUCCGAAGGAAUGGACCAGACCAAACGGAGAGACCUACGUUUCACCACAUGAGUCCUUGGUCCAGAGGUGGAGGACAGUCAGAGGAGAAAAGGAGCGAGCAUCCAAAGCUCUGGGUGAGUACCCGCCAGCCUUGAACAAGGCCUUGGCAGAGGCGAUGGAGAAGGCGGACCUUCCCCGCGUGAUGAAGCAUCGCGAGGGGUCGGGCGCUCCCCUAGGCUUCACCGAACCCAUUCCUUGUACGGGCAUAUUCCCCGUGGUUAAGGAGGUUGAAUGGGAAGCUGAGGCAGCAGAACAAUUACAAAGGAACAGAGGUGAAGUGGAUAGGAGGCCGGUCAUUGGACGAAGACAGCUACAAAGUCUAGCAGGCGCGUUGUCCUUCGUGGCGGGAUUGGUCCCUCUCAUGAGACCUUUCUUGAACUCCCUGUGGGCUGCACUGGCAACGAAUGACGGUCCGAAGCAGACCAGAAAUGUUGUCCAUGUGCGCCGCAUUGGGAUAGCCUUACAGUGGAUAGACGCCUUGCUGGGAGAAAAGGAGGGGCCCGUCUAUGGGGCCGUCGACCCCGGGCAUCCCGAAGCAGCCGCACCAUUUGCACAGCCAGGUGUCAAGGCUUACGCUAGGGGCUCGCUAAACGACGCCAUAAGGGCGGCGGGUUUCUCAGACCCGUUCCGUCUUUCCCCGGACCUCAUCAACACGGUGAUGGGAGCGAUGGACAUGGCCGGCUAUAGAUCAGCAGAGCUAUACAUGGACACAGCCAAGCAGAUACACAUUGAGAGAGGACUGGAUUGGACAGCACAGCUUGCCCAGGCCUCUAGGCAAGCCAGAAGGGCGUGCCAAAGAGGCCGAGGGCCAGCCAAACAGGCGCAACCUUUGCCGAUGAUCGAGCUAGCGAAGCUGAAAGUUCACAAGGACCCAGCAGCUCCUGGAGGACCAAUUUUCCCGAUGAGGUCCGUCAUGUUGGCAUCAUGGUGGCUCCUUCGUGAAAUCGAAGCAAGCUCGGCAGAGAGGUCGCACAUCGAAAUCGACAAGGUCCAAAGACUUAUCCACUGGAAGCUUCCAUCCAGUAAGGCGGAUUGGCAAGCCCUGGGCGCAACUCGAACGCAUUCUUGUAAUUGCGAACAGAAUGCCCGGCAGCCAGAGUGUCCAUACCAUGCCAUGGUGGAGCACCUAGAGGCAGUGGGAGCUAUCAGCGAUCGCUGGGUUUUCCCAUCAGCCACAGGUGAGCAGUCAUCCAAAUGCGGAUGGGCCGACACCAUGCAAUGCAUGGCACAGCAGCUGAAUCUUCUUACUCACACAGACACUGGGGCAAGGAGAUUCACCGGACACAGCGCCCGGGCAACUGGCGCAGUGUACCUGGCACAGACCCAGAUUGAACUCUGGAGGAUCCAGCUAUUUGGGCGCUGGGGUUCAGAGUGCUUCAGGAUAUAUAUCCGCGACGCUCCACUUCAGCAGCUGCAUUCCUUGGCAAAAGAAGCUUCUCUCACAACUUCUUUAGCAGCAGCCCGGGCGGAACUUUCUGCGAUCCUCAACCAGGCGCAAAAUUGUUCCCCGCCAGCCGCAGCAGUUUCCUUACGGAACCAGUCCGUGGACUGCCUUGCGGACUGCGAGGCUGCAGUGGAUAUUGCUCCGCAAUCGGAGCAGCCAGCUUCAGUGGAGUUUGUAAUUAACAGAUCUGCCUACGGCAAGAUCCACAAGGUAGCCUGUAGUGGACCAACGCGUCCUCACUACCUAUGGCGCACCCAAUGCAACUGGUAUUUUGCACGUGGUCACGCAGACUAUGCACUUGCAAGUCAAGCGGACCCAGACAAGCCAGAAUGCAACAAAUGUUUCAAGCCCAAGCAACAGAAAUUGGAUGAUGAGCCCUCUACCUCUUCAUCAUCCUCAUCGGAGUCAUAA